AUCGCGAAACCGCGUGAGCGGAAGAUGCAUCUGGCCUCAUUCCCCGAAGUGCACCACCUUUCAACAUUCGUAUUGAUUGACCUACAGUGGAGCCUGCAAAAUGGAUAAUUUACAACUGAAAGAGAUAACGCGAUCUGGUCUGUGUUUAUGGAGCAUUGCGCAACAUGAUGAGCUUGAGAACAACAUCGGCCACGGUCGGCCUUUUUUGUUGGAACAUGAGCCAUUGGACCCAGCCAUUGCCCUCAGAGCUGAAAAGAAGGGUGUCGAGGACUGCCGUGUAAUCUUCGAAGCCUUAUCUUGGCCAGACCGGUCAGCAUUGACAAAACAAUCAGGAGAAUUAGACCAGCAUAUACAAGAAAAUGAAAUUGGCUGUUGGUGGACUGAAGAAUGCAACAACUACUGCGCAAUUGAUGCCAGAUCCACGCUUAGUUUUCGUCCUAUUUUAGAGCUUGUACGUUACGAGAAUUUUUGUCUUUCAUCAAUGAGCACUUACCUUUCCUCUUGGUAGGGAAAGAAAAAAUUCAUAUACCGCUGGGAGUGCUGUUCCUGUGGUGAGCCAUGGAAUGCAAUAACCGCAGCCUUCUGCCGAUGUGGCCACGCUCGGUGCCAGAGAUGCGUCAUAGCUAAGAUAGCUAUAUGAAAACUAGAGGUGCCCCCUGAUUUUGGCCAUCAACCUUCAUGGCGGCUCUUCAGAGAGACCAACUAUGUCGGCUAAAAAGCUCUGGAAUUUUUGGUUUCUAUUUGAGCAAUACAAUGAACGACAACAGGAUCCCAUUGAUGGUCUUGGAGGGCAGGCAGAGGCAAGAAUCCCAGAUGGUAGUUCACCCAAAAGGCGGCAUAACACAAAAUGAUAAUGUUCUGAACUAUGAUUAGGUAAUAGUAAAAUUUAG